AUGAAUCCCAUCGAGCAUUUAUGGGACAUAAUCGAGAGACCAGUUCGUGCACAAAAUCCUGUGCACCCGCAACAUUUUCGCAAUUAUGGGCCAUCUAUUGAGUAUGCAUGGAUGAAUAUUCCUUGUUUGCAGCCUGCUUCAGGUGGUGUUUUAACAAUAAAAUUCUUGCCAGAAAACGAAGUUUUUAAUUUGUCUUCUCAAUCUCAACUACGCAAUUUUACAACCACAUCUUCUGUUGUUGAAAUCCACUUCAAAGUGAAUGCAGCUCAGCUUGCCGAUGGGAUGAAGACAGGUUUCUCAUUAAAUUUCACUCAUAACUGUAACAGGGUGCUGACUGAGUUUAAUGGCAGUAUAUACAGUCCAUAUUAUCAACAAAACAGACGUAUAUUGGGAGCAGAAUGCAUUUAUAUAAUAAGAUUGAGACCAGGAUAUCUGGUUAAUAUUACUUAUCACGAUGUAAAAAUAGGCUCUCAUUUUUAUCGUGAUGGUUGUAGUGAAGAUUAUCUAGAGAUUAAUGAUGGAAACACUGAAAAAAGUCGUCCAAUUCGCUUGAUUUGCGGAAGUUCGGAGUCGUUUUCUGUUCAGUCAACAAGCAAUCACCUAUGGAUGAAACUCAAAGCUAGCCAUUUUCUAAAUAAAGGAUUUUAUGCUAGUUACAACGCAGUAGAGAUUGAAUAUGAGGAUUGUUAUCCUAGAGAUAGCUUCGGUUGUGACCGUAUCACUUGUAUUCCACGGAGUGAAGUCUGCGAUGGAAUAAAAAACUGCGAAGAUGGCGAAGACGAGUUUGGUUGUGUGAUUAAUUGUGAAGGGAAUGACAGCUUCCGUUGUUCUGAAAAUACUUGUAUUGCCAAGAGUGAAGUUUGCGAUGGAAUGAUAAACUGUCAAAAUGGUGCUGACGAAAUUGACUGUCAUGACGAUAAUUCCGCCGAUGACAAGUUGGAAUCCACAACAAUGGCACUCGAAUUGCCUCCAUAUGCAAAUGGUAAAAAUAUUUUUGACAACUAUUUAAACGCUGUCUAA